AUGGGCCUCGGGCUGGGGGUAGGCCCGGGCCAGGGCCUGGGCAGCCCGGCUCUGGCUUCCGCCGCCGCGGCCCCCGCCUUGCAUGUGCCGCCGCCGGUUCCCUGCAUGGGCCAGGGCCAGGGCUGGGGGGUGCCGCAGGCGCGCGGGGCGUCCAGCUACAUUCGUUGCAGCUGCAGCCCGAGCUGCAGCGGCCCAUGGCCGCCGCCGCCGCGGCCUCCUUCCUCUCCUCUGUUGCUGGCGCCAGAUCCGCCCCUGGCGCCGCGGCUCCUGGCGCGACCCGACCGCCGCAGGCCCUGUGGAGGCGCAGCUGCCGUGCUCCUUGCAGACCGCAAGUGCUGCAGCUCCGGGGCCUCUGCAGUUGCCCCUGCAGCCUCCCCUGCAGGACGGGUGGCCGGCCUCGUGUGGCGCAGGGGACGCACCACCGCCGCUAGGGCCGCCUUCCCCGUGGGCCUCCGCCCCCUGGGCUGCCGCCGCCCCUGCUCACGGCGUGGCGUGGCCCCAGGGCGCGUGUGCCUCCGCUGGCCACGCGCUGCCCCCUAG